AUCGUUAUUCUUACCGCCUUCGCUGUCUCGCGCUCUCUCUCGCUUCUCGCUCUCGGUCUCGCCUUUUGUCCCUCUCGUGUUGCUCGUUCUCUCUGAGAGAGAUCUCGAUGCCGUUUUCGUCUCCCCCAUCGCGAAUUUUCUCCUUGUAUUUUGUUUCGUUUCUUUCUUCGUCGUCGUCGUAGGAGGGGAGAUCACCAUGGCGGUGGGGAAGGCGGCGGAGUCGUUCUCGAAGGCGUUCGUGGAGGAAGUGCAGAGAUGGGGGGCGAUGAAGCAGACGGGAGUGAGUUUGAGGUAUAUGAUGGAGUUCGGUGCCCGGCCGACGGAGAAGAAUCUCCUCAUCUCGGCCCAAUUCCUCCAAAAGGAACUCCCGAUAAGGAUCGCGAGGAGGUCCAUUGAGUUGGAGAGUCUGCCCUUUGGGUUGUCCAAGAAGCCAGCCGUCUUGAAGGUGAGAGAUUGGUAUCUGGAUUCUUUUCGUGAUCUUCGAUCUUUUCCAGAAAUCAAGGACACAAGUGACGAGCUGGCUUUCACUGAAAUGAUCAAGAUGAUCAAAGUUAGGCAUAAUAACGUGGUACCAGCAAUGGCUCUAGGUGUACAACAGCUGAAGAAAGGUUUGAACCCCAAGGUUGUGCCAACAGAUCUAGAAGAAAUCCAUGAAUUUCUUAAUCGUUUUUACAUGUCGAGGAUUGGCAUCCGUAUGCUUAUAGGGCAGCAUGUGGCUUUACAUGAUCCUGACCCAGCACCUGGCUGUAUUGGUCUAAUAAACACUAGAAUUUCUCCGAUGCUGAUGGCCCAAGCUGCUAGUGAGGAUGCCCGCAGUAUGUGUUUACGGGAAUAUGGGAGUGCUCCUGAAGUUAACAUUUAUGGAGAUCCUAGUUUCACGUUUCCAUAUGUUCCAUCACAUUUGCACCUCAUGGUGUUUGAGUUGGUCAAGAACUCAUUACGUGCGGUUCAGGAACGAUUUCCGGAUUCUGACAAACAUGUCCCUCCUAUCAGAAUUAUAGUUGCUGAUGGAAUAGAAGAUGUCACGAUAAAGAUAUCAGAUGAAGGGGGUGGCAUUCCAAGAAGUGGCCUUCCAAAGAUUUUUACCUAUCUUUACAGUACUGCUAAAAACCCAUUGGAUGAAAAUUAUGGUGGAUUAAAUGAUGGGAUAACUAUGGCUGGAUAUGGGUAUGGACUUCCAAUUAGUCGUCUUUAUGCUCAAUAUUUUGGUGGUGAUCUUCAAAUUAUAUCAAUGGAAGGAUAUGGAACCGAUGCUUACCUUCACUUGUCCCGACUCGGAGAUUCACAGGAACCCCUUCCAUGAUGCUGUACCUGAUUCUAUUUAUGCUCAUUAGAAACCUUCUCACAUUUGGUGGCUGUAAAUUUCCUCUAGUUGCAGCAUUAAAGGCCUUGCAGCUGAUUCAUGCAUAUUUUAAAGACCAGCAGCAUCCAAUUUGGUUGCUUAUUCACCCUUUCUCAUCUACUGAUUUUCCUUUCAUCUUCAGUAGAUCGAACGGGCCAAAGGAAAGGAAAGAGCUACUGUAAAUAAAUUUUCAAUUCAUGUUGGAAUUCUAAGUUUUUAGCAUUGACCUUAAAAGUCCAUCCAGAUGAUGCCUCCUUGGAAGUGAAGUGUCAUGAUUUAUUCAGCAAAGGGCUUGAAUUAAGUAUGAAUUCAUGAGCUAAUUCCAUGGUUGGUGCU